GACCGCGGGCCGCGACCCGGGGGUGGGGAGCCCGGGCGGACGCGCGGCGCCGGCGAGCCGGGAGAGCGGGAAGCCCGCGGGGGCGGGGCGCUAGCCGACGGCCAGGUGCGGGCGAGGCGAUGCGGGCGGUCGGAGGGCGCUCGUAGCCCGGGCCCCGCGUGCAGGGCGCCGCGGGCCGGGCCGCGCCUCCACCGGGCUGCGCGCGGGGCGGGCCGGCUGCACCAGCGCCCGGCAUGUCGCAGGGGCUCCCGGCCGCUGGCGGCGUCCUGCAGAGGAGCGUCGCGGCGCCGGGGCAUCAGCAGCAGCCGCAGAGCCCUGAGGAUGAUGACAGGAAGGUGCGAAGGAGAGAAAAAAACCGAGUUGCUGCUCAGAGAAGUCGGAAGAAGCAGACCCAGAAGGCUGACAAACUCCACGAGGCUGAGCUCCGACAGGCAACCUCGUGGCAACCAGGACCAUUUUCAGAGUUUUUGUUUCCUAUCUCUGCUUCGAGAGAAGACAAGAACCCCUAUUUCAGCCAAUCUGCUAACAGGACCUCUGUAUGAGAAGAAGCUGGAAAUACAAGACUGCCUGAAUCCAGUGCCAAAACACUGGUGCUCACCGCACCUGUCGGAAGUAAUGCACUAACAAUGGUAACAUUAGCUGAGCACCUACUAUGGGGUCCACUCAUGAUUCCAAAUGAUUUACAUGUUUUGCAACGACUCAUGAGGUGGAUAUUGGUCUUACUUCCACCUUACAGAUGAGAGAAGUGAGGCUGAAGGAAGUUAAAGAACUUUUAUUCAAUGUCUCACAUUUUUUAAUGGUAGAUCCAGAGCACACACACAAGUAUGCAUGGUUUGCUCAAGUGAGGGGAGAGGACUUUAGAAAGAGGUGACAGCAAGUACGAGACUGACUCUGCCCCCGACUUUUAACUUAUUUUUUUGCUGCAAAAGGGAACUUGGAUGGCUAAGUUUACAAGUCAGAGCACUCUUUACAGCGAAAAGUUCAAGGUUGCUGUUUAGUUGUGCAAUAUUUAAAGUCCGCAGUUGCAAGGCGCGAGCAGGGGCCGGGACUGGCCGGCCGGCCGGGGAGGAGCCGAGAGCGAAGAGGAACGGAGCUCAGGAGACUGCAGCCGCUGGGAGACUCCGCCCGCCCGGGUCCUGCUCCCCUCAGGGCGGCUCCACCCUCCGCAGAGCUCACAGCAGGGAAAAGCAGGGAGCAGGGAGGGAUCCCAGGGGGAGGGAGCGAGUGUCCUUCGCGUCUACUUUCUGCGCCCUUGGAAUCGGGUCCUUUGGGGGCGGCUGAGUCCACGCGCGUGCAGGAUCCCGGGUCCCGGGUCCUCGGGGAGGGUUCAGGAGUGGCCUGGCUCGCAGCGCCACCUCGCGGCCGCUGGAGGUCUCUACGGGGCCGCUCUGCCAAAGACUAUUGGCGCCUGGCGCGCACCUGCCCACCUCCCCAGACUGCCGAGGGUCGGGUUGGCUUUCCCCAGAGGCAUCGAGCCCAGACUGACUGUGGGGUGCCAAGCCAAGAGCACAGCUGUCUGGAUCCGGGAACUGUGCUCCCCUAGCCCCCUGGCUGUCACAGGGCAGCAUAAUGGAGAGUAGGCGUACGGGAAACUAGCCCCGUGGCUUCCAAACUUAUGUCGCUGGGUCUCUUCAGACCUCCUCCCCCGGAUGGUGUGGCAAGGCCUCUGGGACAAGGCCUGCAAAUAGUGGGGACUUAGUCCCUCUCUGACAGCAUCAAAUGCAGCAGGCAAUGCCGCUGGAAUCCAGGCUCGGCACCUAGCAGAUGCCCUGGGCAUGCUGCAAACCGGCAGUGGAGCUUCCUGGCUCCACUUUAGUAGUGGGACAGAGCCAGUGUUAAAAUUUGCCUGUUUUCUUUUUUACGCCCCCCCCCCCUUUUAAAAAAAAGAUUUAGUUAUUCACUUAUUUGCAAGAGUGGGGGUGGGGAGAGAGACAUAGAGCAAGAGAGAGAUAUUCCAUCUGCUGGUUCACUCCCUAGAUGGCUGCAAUGGCCAGGGCUGGGCCAGGCUGAAGCCAGGAGCCAAGAGCUUUAUCCAGUCUCUCACAUGGGUGGCAGGGGUCCAAACACUUGGAUCAUCUUCUUCUGCUUUUACUAGGCACAUUAACAGAGAGCUGGAUUGGAAGUGGAGCAGCUGGGACUCGAACCGGCGCCCACAUGGGAUGCAGCAUCAUAGCUGGAGGCUUCAUGUGCUACACCACAAUGCCGGCCCCUUUGCCUGUUUCCCUAGAUGAUGACAAUCCAGGCUGCCUAGCAGGCCAUGGAGAAAUAGCUGGCCCUUUCUUCAGUCCUCUUCAGCUGCUCCUAUGGGAGGUUCUCUUAGAACAAAACCAGCCCCCUUCCAGGAGGAAGCAUGCAGAAAGGCAGUAGUGUGGGUUCCAUGGGCCUGGGGUUCCUUGACCAGUGGGGAGCUGGGCGAAGCCACCUAGUGCUCCAAACCCUGUGUUCCUUGCCUGUAAACCAGGAGUAUGGAUUCCUACCUCCCUGGGCUUUUCUGGCAUUAAAUGAGCUUAUUCAUGUAAAACACUUGGCUGUUUUCGUGUGAAUCAUCACUGCCCCAGGAGUUAUUAAA